UUCUUUCUUCUCCUGGUCGUCAGACUGGGUGUUCUGAUUUCUGUAUUCCUCUCGGUUCCUCCCUUCUCCUCUCUCCUCCUCCUCCUCGUCCUCUCCUCUCCUCCUCCGUCUCCCUCUCUCGUUGUGUAUUGGACUGUGUGCUGGCCCUCUGUUCUGUGGCUCUGUUGUUGGCCCUGUCGUCCCCUCACAUGGCUCCACGGCUGACUAGGGACAGUGUCUGUCGAAGAGGCUGGUCUAGCCUCACGCACCCAGAGAGAAAGACACAGGCUCGUCCUGAAAACAGCAGGACUCACCACCAAGGAGAAAUUGUUUCCGGUCGACAUCCAAUCUAAAAGUCUUGAUUAUUCUUGGGCAGCUUUUUUUUUCGGUUGAACUCGAAAAGUGCAGCGCCUGCUUUAAGGUGGAAGGGUCGGUCCAGGCUGGGGUGAUUAUAGGAUUCUCAGCAAGAGCACGCUGGAAGGAGGAGAAUCGUUUCCAUCCUGACAGGAUUAUUUGACUUUCAUGUGCUGAGUGCUGUUGGAAGGCAUCCUGCGAGCUGGCCGUGCAAGGUUAGUUUGUCACCUGGAGAGAGGGAGAGAAGGAGAGAGAGAGAGGGAGAGGGCGAGAAGGAGAGAGAGAGAGAGAGAGAGAGAGAGAGAGAGAGAGAGAGAGAGAGAGAGAGAGAGAGAGAGACCUCCAGUCUGCGGUUCCUUUAUCCCCCCUGCAGUCUGAAACCCGAGGCCGCGCUGAGCCGAGCGCAGGCCGGCCCCCCGGGGAGAUGACCCUCCGCGGGACAGCUGUCCCCCUGCGCAGGUCCCCCAGCUGGCGGCGCUCAGGUGAUGACUCCCACUGGGAGAGCCUGCUGUCCGGGGGGGAGGCCCCGCCCCCCCCGCGCCGCCCGGCCCGGCCCCAGAGCGUCUCGUCGGAGCGCGGCCCCGCCGACCACUGGCUCUGGGAGCCGGAGAGGACCCAGAGAGGAACCCCCCGAGACCCCCCCCAGGACCACCGCGGCCCCGGGCCCCCUUACGACCGCCCGACCCCCACCAUGCCCACCCUCCACACCCAGGACCCCCCGCCCCGGGGGCCCGACCGGACCCCGCCAGCCACCACCAGACGGACCUCUUACCGCGGGGAGGACUCCCCCCCCUACAGCCGGACCCCCAGCGGGGGCUCCGGGUCCCGGGGGGGCAGCCAGGAGUCCCUGCUGGGCCCGGACCGCGGGGCCCCUGGGGAGCGGAGAGGGAGCCACGAGAGGGCCCGCAUGGUGCAGGGGCCCGUCCCGGGGCAGGCGCGGGUCAGCGCCCUGGCCCCCGUGAGGGUCGGCUGGCUGCCGGUGCAGAGGAGGGUGUCCGGGAUCGGGGACCCCCCCCAGGGCCAGACCCCCAGGGCGGAGAGCCAGCCCAGCGCUCAGAUGAAAAUGAAACAACCAAUUACCCCGAUUCUCCAGGCGUCUCCUUCCAACGGUUUCAAACACCACGACGGGGAGGCGGAGCAGAGGGAGGCGGGGCCCUACGGUCCGCGGGCGGGGGCCAGGUGCUCACCUGAGACCAGGUGCUCACCUGAGAGGACGGAGUGGAGCACGUCUGAGUGGAGCACGUCUACCGUCGCCACCCCCCCGCUCCAACAGGUGUCCAAUAAGAUCAGUGUUGCCACCAAAGAGCGCGGCCCCCUCACCUGGCAGAGCCUGAGGAGGGGCUGGGGCUUCUGUAAGAUCUCGGCGCUGAGCGGAGGAUCCAAGGUCUCGCCCAGACCCCCCGGCACCGAGGUCCGGACCCCCCCACCGCCAUCGUCGGAGGGGUGGGGGCUGCACCCUCCUCUCUACAGGACCGGCAGCGCCCAGCCGGCCGGGUCCACCGCGAGGAGGGACGGCGUCUCACGACCGUCACCGCGGGAGACCGCCUCCGUCGCCACGACGACCACCACCACGACCCUGGUCCCGCACGACAAGGUCAGCUUCUCCUCCAUCACCAUCUGCUCCAAGAAGGUCACCAGGACGACCAGUCUGCCCCCUGACAACGACAACAACGUCCACAGGGCCGCCCCCCCCUCCCACCCGGGACAGCGGCCCCCCGGGGCCCCCGACUCCGUCACCCUGCGGAGGAAGGCCACCGUCGUCAAGGUGACGGAGCAGAGGAUGACCUCCGCCUCCUCCCCGUCCGCCGCCACCGCGCCGGCUCGGAGGCCGUCCCCCGACCGCGUCGCCCCUGGCGACGGUCGCCAGGGCGACGCGGCGGUCCACCGGAGGAAAGCCACGGUCAUCAAGGUGACGGAGCGCCGGGAGAGCUACAGCGCGGCCGUCACCCCCGGCAACCGGCCGCCCCACUACCGACACAGCUACACGGAGGGGGUCUACACAGAGGACAGCGUGUGGCGCCAGGGGCCCCAGGGACACCAGGGGCCUCAGGGGCCCCAAGAGCGCUACGUAGGACCCCCACAGAGGGGGCCCUUCCAGCGAGGGCCCCCAGAAGACCGGUGGGGCCCGGUGGCACCGCAGGGGGCCUGGUGCUGA